ACCGCUGAAAUCACCAGUCUGAACAAAUGGACACGACGAUGUUGACUCGAUUGUUUGCGCUCGUGCUCGUCAUUCAUUGCACGGGAUGGGUUGGCAGUUCAGCUGCUACACGAGUGAGUCUCGUCGACAAUGGCUACGUCGAUUUGGUGUUCGCCAUCGGCGAAGCAGUACCGCAGAAUCAAUCCGACAUCAUCAUUGAAAACAUCAUGAAAAUGGUUGAAGACGCAUCUCCUGUGUUAUACGUGGCGACUGGCGAUCGUGCCUAUUUCAAAAGUGUCCGAAUUCUCAUUCCAAAUUCGUGGAAGGAUGUGGAGGCAAAUGUCAGCAGUUGGGAAACGUUCGAAAAAGCCGACGUCAUCGUGGACACGGCCAACCCGAAGUAUCAAGACAACCCGUACACCCAACAAACGCGCGGCUGCGGCGAACCUGGCGACAAAAUCCAUUUGACACCCGAAUAUGUGGCCCAUCUCGACCAUAACCAUCAGCUGUACGGCAAACCAGGCAAAGUCUUCGUUCACGAAUGGGCCCAUUAUCGCUACGGCGUAUUUAACGAAUACGGGACACCGGACGACGACAAAUAUCCACUUUUCUAUCUCAAGACAAGUGAUAACAAAUUGUUGCCCAAUUUGUGCACUGAUUUACCGCCCAUCUUCACUCUAUACGAUGAAAGCAAAAAUUCACCCAAUUGCAGAACCGACCCGGCGACGGGUCUUUACGACAAAAAUUGCAGAUACCGAUUGGACAAACUUUACAAGCCGGUUUCAUCUCUGAUGGCCAAUCAUUCCUUGGAUUCGGUGGUUCAUUUCUGCGAUGAAAACAUGCACGUCAAAGAGGCAAAAACUGCCCACAAUGCCAUGUGCGGAACUGAUAGCGUUUGGAAGGUCAUUAUGCGCAGCCCUGACUUUGCGACAGACAAAAAUCAACCGGUCGAUUUGGACACAAUGCCGACGGAAUUCAGCAUCAUUCGAUCGAAAGGACCCAAGCGAUUCGUCCUAGUGGCUGACGUUUCCGAUAGCAUGCGAAUCAGCAAUCGCAACGUUAAACUGGCUGAAGCUACACGCUCCUGGAUCAAAGACGACCUACCCUCCGGAAGCAAACUGGGAAUCGUUUGGUUCAGUUCGAUGGCUCAUGUAAUCAGCGAACUGCAAGUCAUCACCGACUCGAAGUCACGACUAGAGAUGAUGAAAAAAGUGCCCAGUCAAUUGUUUUCUGCUACUUGUAUCGGAUGCGGCCUCGAUCUCGCUGUCAAGAUGCUUACAGAAAACGAGGAUGAAGAGAAGGGUGGAACCAUCGUCCUGGUUACCGAUGGCAAAAGUUCACCAGGUUAUCUCACCAUCGCCGACGUAGAACAGGACAUCAUUGAAGCGGGCAUCCGCAUCAUCAGCGUCGCCUUCGGGAACAAAGCGAACGAGGACAUUGAGUACCUUGCCGACCUAACGGAUGGCAAAAGCUAUUUCAUUCACGACGAAGAUACGAGCGAAGCCCUCGAACAGGCUUUUUUUGGCGCUUCCACGCAACAAUGGAAUGUUCAGAACAGCGAAUUGAAAUUCAAAUUGUUAGAAUUAAGACUGGAAGCUAACAAAGCUCUGGGCAUCGAAGGCAGUUUCAAUGUAGAUCCGUCGGUCGGUCAAAAUUUGAAACUGACCGUUUUCAAUCUAGAGAAGCAGACGAAUUUAGAUUCGAUGGAACUGAUGGACCCUGAAGGAAAUGUCGUUACCAACGUCGAACAACAUGGAACGACCACAGCUUCGGUCACCGUACCUUUGGCUAAGAUUGGCAGAUGGAACCUGAAGGUCAAGUUAAGCAGAGCGCAAUCUUCAUUGCUGUUAGUCACUGUUACAACUCAGGGGCGUCCAGACGUUAAGAUACCCAUCACCACUAUUUGCAAGAUUCCCCAAGGACCUGAUAUUAAAGACGCCCAAAAUAAUCACAUUCGAAUUCACGCUGAGGUGCGCAAGGGAAUGUCUGCAGUUCUUGGAGCCAAAGUCAAAGCUUUUCUGGUGAAACCAGACGGUGAGUCGGAAAUUUUGGAUCUGAUGGACAAUGGCACCAACGCUGACACCUUCGCCGAUGAUGGCGUCUAUUCCAGGUAUUUCACCGGCGCCACUAUGAAAGGUCGAUACACGGUCAAAUGCCAGGUGGUUAGCAAUGACGACACCCUAAUUAGCCAAGGCUUUUUCGGAUCGGCCAGCCUUCAGCUUCACGAUAACGUCUUCAAUGGAACCGACGAGGGAAUUCCUCUGACCAGUUUUACCCGAAUCGCUUCUGGUGGAUCGUUUCAGGUGGGAAUUCCCGUGUCCAGUUACGAUGCCUAUCCACCAGGUGACGUCAGGGAUCUUUCUGUUACGUUAGUUAACGACACUGUCACAAACGUCACGGUCGAAUUGAAAUGGACCGCUCCCGGUGACGAACUCGAUACGGGCACUGUUUCUCGCUACGAGCUGAAGUAUUCAGAAAUUGUGGACGACGUGAUCAACUCCAACUUCGACGAUGAAUCUUCUGUUCGCAAGAGGCGCUCCGUCGUCAAAGAAGAUGAUCUCGUGGCCGGUUCGCUCAAACCAAUCGAAGCUGGCUCCUUGCAAACGGCCACCUUCCGUCUGACCGACGUCCAACCGGAAAGACCUUAUUACAUAGCAUUACGGGCAGUGGACAAGGCCGACAAUGCUGGCCAAGUCUCCAACUUGGGCGUUUUCUUCGUAUCGCAUAAAUCGGCAUUGCUCAUUGGGGACGACUUCAACAUGAAGUUGGAAGGAUCUUCUGGAUUUGAAGCAAGAGAUAUCAUCAAUGUGAAUCAAUCGGGCUAUCACGUCACCUCGUUAUUGGUCGCAGCCUUUGGGCUUAUUUUGAUCGCCUGUCUGUGUGUGGCCCUGUUGAUGGCCAUCAUCAAACACGUUAGAGCCUAUUCGGUCUACGUUGGUGUUCCGACUAGUAAAAAUCACGAUUUACCUUGAGUUAAUGCAAUAGACUCGAGGUAAAUUUAAAAAAUGCCCCAAACAUUUUUCGAUUUUAGAUAAGACUAAUAACCAAUCUACGUAGAACAGUACCGAGUGGUGGCGGUGUGAUCAGUCUAUAGCGAUUACAGAGUUAACAGGACGAAACAGAGCCAUACAAGAGCUGAUGCAAUCCUUGCAACUGUCCUAAGACCUUCAACAGUAUUUCCAAAUGAUUCGUGUCAAUUCAAUUUAAAUAAAUGGAUUCUUUCUGUAUUGCA